UCCAGUGGCUGUAAUCCAAGGCCAGACUAGAUCCUGCAAAAGGAGGCCAUUGAAGGUCCAGUCAGAGCUUUCUGGGCAGCCUCCCUGCAGAGGCCCAGGCUGCUCACACCAACCCUGGAAGGAGCCCUUUAGGCUGAGAAGCUCCAGAGCUCUGGAAAGCUGGGGUCCUCAGGCAGUUGUGGUGGGGGACAGGAUGGGAAGGCUAAGGGAUGCCCUUCCUGAGGGUGCAGUUGAUGUUGUCCAGGGCUGUCCCCAGAGUGUGCAAUGAAGCAAGUGCAGAUUUGGACAAGAAGCGCCCUUGUUCUGAAGGAGUAGUGCACUCGGGGGCGAGAACCCCAGGUGAGCUCUGCAGGCACCCACAGCUCCUGCAGAACAGGGCUGCUCCCCAGGGAGGGCAGGCAGGGUUAGGAAGAAGCUGGAGGGGAGGCAGCAAGGAGGGGCAGGGUCAGAUCCCAGGUCAGAGUGUUUCUCCAGAAGUCAGCCUGUUCUCAGGAGGGGGCAGGAAGAGGGGUCCUGUGCUGGCUCCAGGGGCCAGUGGGUCAGAGUUCAGGGUCCUGGAGGAGGGAGAGAAACUGGAGGCAAGUUUGAUUAACAAGUAUUUGUUCUGAUCCCUGAAGAGAAGUGUGUUGAGCUAAUUGCUUAUGAGGGAACAAAGAGGAGGCAUUUCAGGAUCAGGGUGUGUCUGCCCUGGUGAAAAGGGAGCAUCUUCUGAGUCCUAAUGGGAAGGGGUCUCUGUGCAGGCUCUGCUCCAGCAGAAUGCAGAGGAGGGGUUUCUUCAUCAUAGAUCUUUCCCAGGAUUCCCUUUGGCAGUUUCUUUUUCAUUGGCCAAUCCUAAGUUGCAUCCUUUAGAGCAAAGUGAACAUCAGUGAUGUGCUUGGCUCAAAUGAACUCACUGAACUUGAGGAGGGGGCAAUGGGAGUCCCUGUUUGUAGCUCUUUGCUCUCAGCAGGGUGGCUGGCCCUCCUGCCUUGCAGCUGGCACCUGUAGAGGGGAGUGCUGUGGAGCCGAGCCCUGGACUUGGGUUUGUGCUGACUCUGGUGCUGUCAGCUGACCUGUUGAACCACCAGUAGUUUUGGAGAAUGGAUUGGUGCUGAGCAAACUCACAUGGUGCCACCUGGGCUGCGUGCACUGAGAGUGGUCCCCAAGGGAGGGAGUGUGCUCAGCCACCAAGCAGUGGUUCCUGGUGAACAGCGGUGACAGGCUCCUUCCCUGAGCUGGGUCCUGUGUCCUCCAUCAGAUCUGCUGCCAUUCAGUUCCAGUUUGUCCCCAGGCAGCUCAGAAUCCAUCUCCAGGACUGUGUCUCCUCUGCUGUGUGAGGCCCCAGUGGCUCUGGCUGAGACUGUCUCCCUGUGAGCUGCAGGUGCUGUGAGAUCCCAGGAAGGAUGUCUGGACUCCCCAGAAGGCAGGAAAUGAACUCAGUGGCCUUUGCGGAUGUGGCUGUGAACUUCACCCAGGAGGAGUGGACUUUGCUGGAUCCUUCCCAGAGGAAUCUCUACAGAGAUGUGAUGCAGGAAGUCUUCAGAAACCUGACUUAUAUAGGAAACAGAUGGGAAGACCAGAAUAUUGAAGAUCAGAGCAAAAAUUAUGGGAGAAAUCUAAGGUCUGUUAAUAAACAUACAUGUAGUCAUACUGGAGAGAAAUGCUCUACAUGUCUACAGUGUGGUAAAUUCUUCAUUAGUUCCACUUGCCUUCAUAGAUAUGAACAAAUUCAUACUGGAGAGAAACUCUAUGAAUGUAAACAAUGUGGGAAAGCAUUCUCUUGUUCUGCUUAUGUUCGAAUACAUGAGAAAACUCAUACUGGAGAGAAACCUUAUGAAUAGAAGCUCUACAAAUGUAAACAUUGUGGGAAAGAUUUCUCUUAUUCUACUUACCUUCUAAUUCAUGAAAGAACUCAUACUGGAAAGAAGUUCUAUGAAUGUAAACAAUGUGGGAAAGUCUUCAUUAGUUCCUCUCACCUUCAAAUUCAUGAAAGAACUCAUACUGGAGAGAAACCCUAUCAGUGUAAACAGUGUGGGAAAGCCUUCAGUAGUUCUGCUUACCUUCAAAUACAUGAACGAUCUCAUACUGGAGAGAAGCCCUAUGAAUGUAAACAAUGUGGAAAAGGCUACACUAGUUCUGCUUACCUUCACAUGCAUGAACGAGUUCAUACUGGAGAGAAGUCUUAUAAAUGUAAACAAUGUGGUAAAACCUUCACUUAUUACACAAAUCUUCAUGUACAUGAAAGAACUCAUACUGGAGAGAAGCCCUAUCAAUGUAAACAAUGUGGGAAAGCCUUCUCUCAUUCUACUUACCUUCAUAGACAUGCAUGAACUCAUACAGGAGAGAAGCCUUAUGAAUGUAAACAGUGUGGAAAAGCCUUCUCUCAUUCUGCUCAACUUCACAGACAUACACGAACCCAUACUGGAGAGAAGCCUUAUGAAUGUAAACAGUGUGGGAAAGCCUUCUCUCAUUCUACUCACCUUCAAGUGCAUGGAAGAACUCAUACUGGAGAAAAGCCCUAUGGAUGUAAACAAUGUGGAAAAGCCUUCAUUAGUUCCUCUCACCUUCAACAACAUAAAAGAACUCAUACUAGAGAGAAGCCCUAUGAAUGCAAACAGUGUGGGAAAGCCUUUUCUCAUUCUUACUUUCACAGACAUGCACAGACCCAUAUUAGAGAGAAGUCUUAUGAAUGUAAAUAGCGUGGAAAGUCUUACCAAUGUAAACAGUAUGGAAAAGCCUACCCUAGUUCUGCUUGCUUUCAAAUACAUGAAUGAGCUAACACUGGAGAGCAGCUCUGAGUGUAAAUAAGGCAGAAAAGCCUUCCUUAUUUCACUUGCCUUUAAAAUCAGCAAACAGUUCAUACUGGAGAAAACCCCUAUGAAUGUAAACAGUGUCAUUAAACUCUCAUUAAUUUCUCUAGCCUUCAAAGACAUAUACUGGAGAGAAACUCUGUGAAUGUAAACUAUGUGGGAAGAGACUUUGCUCAUUAUGGUUCCCUUCAAAUUCAUAAAAGAACUCAUAGUAGAGAGAAGCCCUGUGAUUGUGAAUGAUGUGGAGAAGCCUUCACUUGUUAUCAUUUCCUUAAAAAUACACAAGUGAGCUCACAUUGUAGACAGCCCCUAUGACUGUAAACACAUGAUAAAGUCUUCACUACUCCCAGUUUCAUUAGACAACAUGAAUGAACUCAUUCUGGAUGGAAGCCUUAUGAAUAUUAGUAUGGUAAACCUUCAAUACAUACAGUUGCCAACAAAUAUAUGAAUGAAGUCAUACUGGAGAGCGCCCAAUGAAUGUACACAGUGGAGCAAAGCCUUCACUAUGUUCAGUUCAAUGUAUUUCCAGUUAGACAACAUGAAUGAACUCAUUCUGGACAGAAGCUUUAUGAAUGCAAAUGGUUUGGUAAAGCCUUCAAUAGGUCCACUUAUCUCCAAAUACAUGAAUAAAUGCAUACUGGAGAGAAGGCCUAUGAAUAUGAACAGGGUGGUAUAGCCUUACAUUCAACAUCAACAGUCCAUGCUGGAGAAAAGCCCUUAUUAAUGAAAGUAUGGGAAAACACCAUCUGUUAUUACAGUUCUCUUUGUGGACAUGAAAGAAGAUGUACUGAAGUAAAGCCCUUUGAAUUAAAAAAAAAAGUGGCAAAUCAUUUCAUCAUUGCAUAUCUCGUCACCUUCAAAGACAUGAAAGGACGCAUACCCCACAGAAAGGCUUCAGUUUAAAAAAUGUAAAUAACUGUUCUCAGUUAUGUUCAGACCUCUUGAACACUGGAAUACAAAACCACUGAGUGUAUGGUGUUUCAUUUUUUUAUCCUAUACAUGAAAGUAGCCAUAAUGGAGAGAAUCCCUGUGAAUGUGAGGAAUGUGGGAAAGCAUACAGUUUUCCCAGUUUCUUUGAA